CAGUGCACGGGGCGCGUGCGCCGUUCUGUGGCGCCGAGGUUGGGCCGGGAGGGAGACCAUGGCAGCCACUUUCUUCGGGGAGGUGGUGAAGGCACCGUGCCGAGCGGGGACGGAGGAGGAGGAGGAGGACGAAGAGGAGAGGAGGGAGACUCCCGAGGACAGGGAGGUGCGGCGGCAGCUGGCGCGGAAGAGGGAGGUGCGGCUCUUUCGAAGACAGACAAAAACAUCUCUGGAAGUUGCUCUGCUAGAAAAAUAUCCUUGCUCCAAGUUUAUAAUUGCUAUAGGAAACAAUGCAGUAGCAUUUUUGUCAUCGUUUGUCAUGAAUUCAGGGGUCUGGGAAGAAGUUGGUUGUGCUAAGCUCUGGAAUGAAUGGUGUAGAACCACGGACACCACUCAUCUGUCCCCCGCAGAGGCGUUUUGUGUGUUUUAUCAUCUAAAAUCAAAUCCCUCGAGAACACAGUGUCCUGAGCAACUUGGGAGACAAGUCAGGCAGAUGAGGUGUCGAGCAGGUGAGGUUUUCCUCUGUCAGUGCACUUGCUACGUUGCUGAAGAUCAGCAGUAUCAGUGGCUGGAAAAGGUUUUUGGCUCUUGUCCAAGGAAGAACAUGCAAGUAACUAUUCUCACAUGUCGACAUGUUACCGACUAUAAAACUUCAGAAUCCACUAGCAGCCUUCAUUCUCCUUUCCUGAAAGCCCUGAAAACACAGAAUUUCAAAGAGCCUCCGUGCUGUUCGCUGCUAGAACAGCCGAAUAUCGCGCAUGACCUUCCUGCAGCAGUUCUCAGUUACUGUCAGGUGUGGGGAAUCCCCGCAGUGCUGUACUUGUGUUACACCGACGUGAUGAAGUUGGACCUAGUUACGGUUGAAGCGUUUAAGCCUAUACUUUCUUCCAGAAGCUGGAAAGGUUUGGUUAAGAACUCGUCAACCUUCAGAUCGGGUGUUCCUUGAAGCUACUGUCCCAUCUCUGGUCCUCCUUCCUCUGGCACUUCUGGAACGAUAGUGUGUCUGGGGGCGCGAUGCAGUCCAGCUACCCCAGCUCACCAGGUCCAGCUCCUCCCAAAUACUCGAUCGCCUCUUCCCAGAUUAGCUCUUCGUAGAGAAGUGGGUCUCAGGUAAGCAGAAGGCUCAUUUCAUAACCACAUGGGUCUUUUCAUCAGCUUCGGGGCGUGGCUGUCCCCGCUCACCGUGCCGCCAGAGGACACCCAGCACAUCAACUUGGGAGUCCUGCCUGUUGUUAAUCAGAUAAACUCCAAACGUCUGAUCCUCAUUCAGGCUCCUUCUUGGUCUAGAUUGAAUUCAUCUUUCCCACCUUCCCUCUCCCCUUUCCUCAAAACUGAGCUACAGGCUGCCUGGUCCAAAAGCCAACCCCGCCAGUCACCCGUCUACUCUGCCUCUGGACUUUCACAGAGUGUGCGGCCCGGUCGACUGUCUACCUAGAAACUGAGCGAUCUGUGGGCAUCGCCGCUACUGAAGGCCUUCAAGGGCAGGGUGAUGCUCCGUCAGGAUUUUGGAGAAUCCACUGGGCGGGAGCAAAGAUAUCUGUAACAGGGAGAGAAUUAGAACUCGGCCCUGGAAGACUCCGCCCUGAACGUGCAGCCACAAAAAGAUCAGAAUUCUCUGCAGGUAAGACUUAGGGCCCUACAGCCAGAAGCCAGCAUCGUGCAGAGAACAGGAGAAAAGCCACAGGGGUUCCUACCAUUUGGAGGCAGAAUUUUAGCCCCAGCAGUUCAGGAUCACCAUGAGUUUAUCGGUGAGGAGGAAUUAGAAAUAUCAGAAGACACUGUGCAGGUGUGGUGCAUCUUUGACGAGGAAAAAGGUCGCAGGUAUAUAUGAAUGGUGGGGGCAGAUCUCAGUGCCCAGACCCGAGUGGUUGUGCACGUUCUUUACUUUGCUGUAAUUGGGCUUUAGUUUCUCUUUUGGGCCCACAUUCCACCAGCGACAGGAACUAAAUCUCCAUCAAUCCAGAGAUGGCCCUGUCCCUGGGCUGUGUCUCCAUGUCAGGGGCUGACCCAGGGCCAGGGCCUCAGGGAAGUCAUCCCACUGGAAGGCUUGUCCCCACCUUUUCUCGCUGGUGUCUCUGGACAUGGCCUUCUUCCUGAUCCAUGUCCUCUGUUCUCUUGGGGCCACCUCAGCCACGUGGGAUGCAGUGGAAAGUGCUCUGCUCGCUGGGGCGUCCAGGGAUGGUGACGGCUGUUUCACGUGGCUUCCUGACCCUGCAGGGGGCAUUUCUUCUGCUCCUACCUUCGGAGGCCCACUCUAUUUCUUUUGUGGUUCACUUGUAAACAUGUCUGGUACAAACUUUGGGUGUGGACACGUGGCUGGGCCCUACCUGGGGAGGCUCCCUCUGCCCUGCAACCCUGGUGUCCUACCAUCUCGGUCCUGACUUCAGAAGUCGAGGACCCCAACAACAUCAUGCUCUUUGUCUCCCCCUCCUCAUCCAGAUACCCUGUCAUCUCAUCUCUGGGGACAGCAAGGACCAGCUCAGACAGACCUUAUAUUUCCGUCUUCCUCUUUAGGCCAAGGCCUUACAUUUUGGAGCUUGAAAUGCCCACAGUCUGACUCCUGUUCUCUGAGCUCUGUGGUGUCAUCCGUUCUCUGAGGCAGGAAGCAGGGGAUGCUGGAGGGACCAUGGGGUCCAGGGAUCUACGAAGAAAACAAGGCUUAGUCAAACUGCAGAAAACCAUGGGCAAAGAACACUGGGGGAAUGUUUGCUUAAAUUUUAGUGGACUUGUUUUUAGGUGGUGGGGAUCUGGUUUUCUUUGUCUUUUACUUAAAAAAAUUUUUUUCAACAUUGAACAUGAAUUACUUUUAUAAUUAGGAGGAAAAAAACCCCCACACCAAUGAAUUAUAAAAAAGACCCACUGUGUUUCAUUCUUCAGUGCGUCUGGUUUGGACCUGAUUGCAGCGUGUGCAUUCAGAAAUGCCCAUCCAAUCUUUUGUUUCAUCUUCGUAAAGACCCAAGUUGAAGAACUGAUUCCAAAUCUGAUCAUUCAUCUCCCUCUGGCCACCAGUCAGCGUAUACCUACUUCCGGGGACUCGGAAUGCAGCAACCGGCAAGGUAAAUAGUUUCUGUCCUCAUGGAGUUUGUGGUCUUUGAGGGCCCAACCUGGUGGAUGUCUGGAUCUGACCACUGGAGUCCCGGUUCUGAACAGGCAAACCUGGGAACAGCCCCAUGAUGGAUGGUAUGCUCAUGAGGCUAAUUUUUCUCCAUGCUAUUACAUGUAACAGUAGCAGAAAAGUACAGUCAAUCCUUAUUAUUUGCGGAUUCCAUAUUUGCCAAUUUACCUAUUCACUAAAGUUUAUUUGUAAGCUCCAAAUCAAUACUCCCGAUAAUUUUUUCAUCAUUUGUGUAGACGUGUGCAGAGUGGCCAAAAAUUUGAGUUGCCUGAUGCACAUGAUUCCAGCUGAGGUUGAGCAAGGCGACACUCUGCCUUCUUGUCUUGGCCUCAUACGCAGAGGACCAGAGGAUGGAGACGGGAGGCGCAGGGCAGUGGAGAGUAAGAAGCUCCAGCUUGGGGGCCAGCUGGAUGGGGUUCGAAUCCCAACUCUGGCACCUGUUAGUGGGACAGCCUCAGGCAAGUCAUUUAACGCUUCUGAACCUCGUUUGCUUUUUCUUUUGUAAAAUAAAGUAGGAUCUGCCUGGAUGAGUCGUUUUUAGGAUUGAGGAUUACAAUCGAUGCGAGAUAUGAUUAUGCUGUGUAUAUGUUCCUGCCUCCCCUAGGAGCAUGGUUCUGUAUCCACUCAUUCAGCGUUCAUGACGACUUUAUGGACUCUAACUAAUGAGAAGAAUGAGAAUCGACUCUACUUGGCUUGGAGGUCUCCAGCCAAAGAGGAGCCUGUUGGGUGGACAUCUCACAGGGUGACAGUUCUGUCCCCUGAGGACUGGGGGUUGUGUAGGGCAGGAGGAGGAGAAAUGCUGAGGAAUGUCUUGGUCGGCUCAGGCUGCUCUAACAAAAUAUCACAGACUGGGCGGCUGAAACAACAGAAAUGUGUGUCUUAACGUUCUGGAGGCUGCGGAGUCCAAGAUCAAGAUGCCAGCUGAUUCGGUUCCUGGUGAGACUCUUUGUGGCUCGCAGACGGCUGUGUUCCCCUCGUAUCCUCAUAUGAUGGAGAGAGAGAGGGAGAGGAAGUAAGCUUUCCUAUCUCUUCUUAUAAGCCACUAAUCCCAUCAUGAGGGCUCCACCCUCAUGACCUAAUAACCUCUCAAAGGCCCCAUCUCCAAAUAGCAUCCCAAUGGGGAGUGGGCUUCACUAUAUGAGUUUGGGAGGAACGCAAAGAUUCAGUCCAUCGCAAGGAGGGAGAACCGUUGCCCUGCAGGCAGUCCUGGAUAAGGAAAGAGAGAGAGAGACAUCCGGGGGGUCAGGGAAGCCGAUAAGGCGUUCAGCACUUGGGGAGAAAUGGGGAGAAGGUGCGGAGAGGGAGACGGAGGCUGCUGAGGACACACGUUUCCACGGCGUGGCGAGCAGCCCUCCAGCUGCCGCACCAACACCGCGUUGCAGGAGCGUAAAUUCAGUUAUAUUUAUAACUUCUUCCCUGGGAUAAAAAUUGAGUUAUUUUUUUAGAUAUGGUUUUAUUUUCAUUUUCAAUUACCAUUUUUCCUCCUGACUUAUGGAUGCUUUGGAGCUUAAAAGAACAGCUCUUGGGAUGUGGCCACUGCAUCUGCGUCAUAGCCGACAGCCACUAUCUAAAUCCUUCAUUACCAGGGAGAGAUUUAUUUUCCCAAGUCUUCAAUCUUAGCUGAGUGGAAUAUUUAAUAGAAUUGCUGGUUUCUGUGGCUGUCUCUUCCUCUUUUCCCUACCAGGCUGGCCUGGGAGUCCACUGCAAACCGUCGGGGCUGGAGUUCGGUCUCCUUGCUGGCCUUCUGCAGCAAUGCUGCCCAGAACUGAGGGGAGCAGGUGGUGGUGCAAAGCCCUGCCCCUUGUCUGGUGUUUUGGACUGAAUUGUGUCCCCCUACUACUCCCCGCCCAAUUUACAUGUUGAAGCUCUAACCUCCAAAGUGACUGUAUUUGGAGACUAGGCUUCUAAGGCUGAGUAAGGUUAAAUGAGGUCGUAGGGGUGGGGCCCUCAUCUGCUAAGACUGGUGUCCUUGGAAGAAGAAGAGGAGACGCCAGAGCUUGCUUCCUCUGCACCUGUGCAUAGAGCAAAGGCCACGUGGGGACAGGGAGAAGGUGGCUCCUACAAGACAAGGAGACAGUUCUCACCAGAAAGCCAUGCCACUGACAUCUCGAUGUUGGACUUCAGCCUGCAGAAUGGUGAGAAAAUAAUGUCUGUGGUGUAAGUCACCCCGUCUGUGGUGUUUUGUUAUGGCAGCCCGAGCUGACUAAUACACCUGGUAAUGAGGAGUGGAAUCAGGGCCACCCCACUUUGUGUCUUGGAGCAGGCCUUGUGGGUUGCCUCCUCAGCCCCGACUUAGCUGUACCCCUUUUCUCAUAGGACCCAGAAAUACCCAGUUCUAGGGUUCGGGUGGGGUCACUCCUGAUCAGCUGAAGCUAAUCUGUACAUUGAAAUCUUUGGGCCGUGG